CAUCGUCAUGGCUGGCCCCUCCACGCGCGCAAUUGGUCUCGCGUUCGAGAACCACACCCAGCGCUUCCUGAAUGGAGACCUGCGCAUGGCGCUGUCCCACGUUGGCGGGCGCGGCGACGGCGGCGUGGACCUGCGCGGCUUCUGGUGGGUGCCGCGGCGCCCACGGCGGAGGACGGCGAAGGCGACACCAAGCCCGCUUGAGGCUGAGGGUAGUGGGACCGGGAGUGAAAACGGCGCGUGGAAGCCUCCUACUCCUCCAGGGUUGAAGCGCGACGGCACUCCCGGCGCGCGCAUCCGCCCGCUGCGCGUCGUCGCGCAAUGUAAGGCCGAGCGGCGGGUGGUGGGGCCCAGGAUUGUGCGCGAGUUCGAGGGGACGCUAGCGCAUCUGGCGGCGCAGGACGCGCGCGUGCCCCUCCUCGGCGUACUGGCAAGCCAGAGCGGGUUCAGCCUCGCGAGCAUGGAGCAUGCGGUGCGCGCGAGAGUACCCCUCCUCCUACUGCAUCUGGAGGGCGGGCGACCAGAAGAGGAGGGAGAGUCGGACGAUGCACCGCCAGAGAAGGAUGUCGUGGAAGGGGCACCCGCAAUAUCGGUCACCGGCGCUUGGUGGAACGCGCCGCUUGGCGCUCUGCUCACGGAGACUGGAGUCGAGCUGCGCCGCGAGAUCAUGGACGGGAAUACCCGUGUUGGCCUGUGGACCGCGGGGUCGCGCAUGGGGCGGUACGGGCCCGCCGGAUAGGCCAUACAUGCAUUAUGUGGUCGUACAAUAGCAAAGGGGAAAGUGGUGCUCUAGAAAUGGAGGAUUGAGGUAAAACGGCAUGGUAGCGAUGAGG